CUCAAGAGUAGGGGAAGUGCGCGGAGAGCGGCCUGGGUCUUGCGGGCUCGGCUGGGGCCCGCAGAUAGUAGCUGUAGAUCCAAAACGACCUCUGAUCUGCUCAGUCUGGGCCACAAGAAAGGCCUGGCAUCUCAUCAUUCCUUUCUUCUUCAGCUCUGCUCUCCUCAAGAGAGUUACCCAGAGGAAGAAUGGCUGUUGACCAAACCAAAUACAAGGAGAACGGCCUCAAGGAAGACUAACCAUCUGCAAUACUGGAAGCCAUGGCUGAGGGAUCAGUGACGUUCAGUGAUGUGUCCAUAGACUUCUCUCAGGAGGAGUGGGACUGCCUGGACCCUGUUCAGAGAGACUUAUACAGAGAUGUGAUGUUGGAGAACUACAGCAAUCUGGUUUCAAUGGGACUUUACACUCCUAAGCCUCAAGUGAUCUCCUUAUUGGAACAAGGGAAAGAGCCCUGGAUGGUUGGCAGAGAGCUUACAAGAGGCCUGUGUUCAGAUCUGGAAUCAAUGUGUGAAACCAAGUUAUUAUCUCUAAAGAAGGAAGUUUAUGAAAUAGAAUUAUGCCAGAGGGAGAUAAUGGGACUUACAAAGCAUGGCCUUGAGUACUCCAGUUUUGGAGAUGUUUUGGAAUAUAGAAGCCAGCUUGCAAAACAACUGGGAUAUCCAAAUGGGCAUUUCAGUCAAGAAAUAUUCACUCCUGAAGGCAUGCCCACAUUUAUUCAACAGACAUUCCUUACUCUCCAUCAAAUAAUUAAUAAUGAAGACAGAUCCUAUGAAUGUAAGAAAUGUGGAAAGGCCUUUAGUCAGAACUCACAAUUUAUUCAACAUCAGAGAAUUCAUAUUGGUGAAAAAUCUUAUGAAUGUAAAGAGUGUGGGAAAUUCUUUAGUUGUGGUUCACAUGUUACUCGGCAUCUGAAAAUUCAUACUGGCGAAAAACCCUUUGAAUGUAAGGAAUGUGGAAAGGCCUUCAGUUGUAGCUCAUACCUUUCUCAACAUCAGAGAAUCCAUACCGGUAAGAAACCCUAUGAAUGUAAGGAAUGUGGGAAGGCCUUUAGUUAUUGCUCAAAUCUUAUUGACCAUCAGCGAAUUCACACCGGUGAAAAGCCUUAUGAAUGUAAAGUAUGUGGGAAAGCCUUUACUAAGAGCUCACAACUUUUUCAGCAUGCACGAAUUCAUACAGGUGAGAAACCCUAUGAAUGUAAGGAAUGUGGCAAAGCCUUUACCCAGAGCUCAAAGCUUGUUCAACAUCAGAGAAUUCAUACUGGUGAGAAACCCUAUGAGUGCAAGGAAUGUGGCAAAGCCUUUAGUAGUGGCUCAGCACUUACUAAUCAUCAGAGAAUUCACACUGGUGAGAAACCCUAUGAUUGUAAGGAAUGUGGAAAGGCUUUUACUCAGAGCUCACAGCUUCGUCAACAUCAGAGAAUUCACGCUGGUGAGAAACCCUUUGAAUGUCUUGAAUGUGGGAAGGCCUUUACCCAGAACUCACAACUUUUCCAGCAUCAGAGAAUUCAUACAGAUGAAAAACCAUAUGAAUGUAAUGAAUGCGGAAAGGCCUUUAAUAAAUGUUCAAACCUUACUCGACAUCUGAGAAUUCACACUGGUGAAAAGCCCUAUAACUGUAAGGAAUGUGGGAAGGCAUUUAGUAGUGGCUCGGAUCUCAUUCGUCAUCAGGGAAUUCAUACUAAUGAAUAAUAAAAAUUAAAGCCCCUGUCACCUUCCUCAUAUUUUAAACCAAAAAUCAUGUCUAAUAGUUACCCUCUUCCACAGUUUUUUUAAAACUUUGUAUUUAAAUUUUGUAUCCAAAUGUAUUUCAUUCCAGGUUAUAAAUUCGGAGUCUAAACUGACAUUCCUUCUCUCCCCCAGUCAUAUACCAAUGCCAGCUGUUCUAUAAUUCUUUCAUUCAUUGUUUUGUUCUACUUUCUUGGUGACGCAUUAUACUCUUGUUUAUAUUUG